AGUAUCGACAGGGAGAGGGGCGGAUCGCCAAGAAGUUAUUAGUCAAGAUGGCGUUAGCGUCUCGAGCAGCGCGGGUCUGGGGACCACGUCGAGGCUGGGGUCAGGCUGGCCUCCUGCUCCUGCAGCGGCUUGAGGUUCGGGGGCUGGCUAUAUCUCACCCCCAGUGGCAGCAGCAGCAGUACUUCUCAUCCCUGGACGACAAGCCUCAAUUCCCAGGGGCCUCGGCGGAGUUCGUAGACAAGCUGGAAUUCAUCCAGCCCAAUGUCAUCUCUGGGAUCCCCAUCUACCGCGUCAUGGAUCGGCAGGGCCAGAUCAUCAAUCCCAGCGAGGAUCCCCACCUGCCGCAGGAGAAGGUCCUCAAGUUCUACAAGAGCAUGACACUGCUCAACACCAUGGACCGCAUCCUCUAUGAGUCCCAGCGGCAGGGCCGGAUCUCCUUCUACAUGACUAACUAUGGUGAGGAGGGGACGCAUGUGGGGAGUGCGGCAGCUCUGGACAACACGGACCUGGUGUUUGGCCAGUACCGGGAGGCAGGCGUGCUGAUGUAUCGGGACUACCCCCUGGAACAGUUCAUGGCCCAGUGCUAUGGCAAUGUGAACGACCCGGGCAAGGGGCGCCAGAUGCCUGUUCACUAUGGCUGCAAGGAGCGUCACUUCGUCACCAUCUCCUCUCCACUGGCCACACAGAUUCCUCAGGCGGUGGGUGCAGCCUACGCGGCCAAGCGGGCCAAUGCCAACAGGAUCGUCAUCUGCUACUUCGGGGAGGGGGCAGCCAGCGAGGGGGAUGCCCACGCUGGCUUCAACUUCGCUGCUACCCUUGAGUGCCCCAUCAUCUUCUUCUGUCGGAACAAUGGCUAUGCCAUCUCCACGCCCACCUCCGAGCAGUACCGCGGGGAUGGCAUCGCGGCUCGAGGCCCGGGGUAUGGCAUCCUGUCGAUUCGUGUGGAUGGCAAUGACGUGUUUGCUGUGUACAACGCCACCAAGGAGGCCCGGCGACGGGCUGUGGCAGAGAACCAGCCCUUCCUCAUUGAGGCCAUGACCUAUAGGAUUGGGCACCACAGCACCAGUGACGACAGCUCAGCGUACCGCUCAGUGGAUGAGGUCAAUUACUGGGACAAGCAGGACCACCCAAUCUCCCGGCUGAGGCACUAUAUGCAGAGCCGAGGCUGGUGGGAUGACGAGCAGGAGAAGGCCUGGAGGAAGCAGUCACGCAAGAAGGUGAUGGAGGCCUUUGAGGAGGCUGAGCGGAAGCUGAAACCCAAUCCCAGCCUGCUCUUCUCUGAUGUGUAUCAGGAGAUGCCUGCCCAGCUCCGUAAGCAGCAAGAGUCCCUGACCCGUCACCUCCAGACCUAUGGCGAGCACUACCCCCUGGACCACUUUGAGAAGUGAACCCUGCUCUCCCCACCCCACCCAUCUUGAGAGGCAGCCCCAGACUGAGUGAGGGCUGGAGAGAGCUGGCAGCCAGCUCCCUCCAGGACACUCAGGGCAGAACUGAGAUAAGGGGCAGGGCUUCCGCUCACCAUCUCCACUCCUCUAGGCUGUUACAUUGUGGGGGGCCCUACUGGCCCCCACUUUGACUGUGGUUACAGUGCCUUCUCCCAGGGGCUGGGCAAGGGUGCCUCCAGGACCGGAAGCCCCUCUGGGCUGAAGGCAGGAAUGGCAGGUCAGCCUGUGGAACUUACUCAGUCAGAGGUGGGCAGCAGGCAUUGAAUAAACUGUCUGCAUUUGGCGCUCUGCCA